AUGGGUGCUUGUUCUGGUUUGUUUCCCCCCUGUUGUGAAGGGCCCUCGGGGAUCCACAGGUCCCCAUCCGAUGCAAAAACCCAUACCUUUGAAAAAAAAACAUAUCCCCUUCACCGCAAUCUUCUCCUCCCACCUCUUUUUUUCGUGUCGACACCCUUUUCUUCCCGAGUCCCUUUGAUGCAUGCACUAUCCCUCGUCGACAACACAGCCACUGAUUCCCAGUUUCUGCAAGUCCAGCUCACAAUGACUCACUGCAAUGCAGAGUCUAUGUCAUGGACUCUGGUGGGAUGA